AUGGCGGCACUGGAUAUGGCGACGAUAACGAAAUAUCUGGAGAGAUCGAUGGAGAAUUGUUCGUUGACUAACCGGAGAAGGAGUGUCGGACUCGGAGAUGGGUUUGGUAUGACGGACGAGAGCGACGAUCAUAUCUCGAUCUCAGAUACAACCUUGGAGCUCAAUUCUCACAUCUCUAUUCCGUCUCAUUUAGAACAGUGUCUUGAUCUCAAGACAGGAGAGAUUUACUACGUCAACUGGAAUGAUGGAACGAGAGUGAAGGAAGAUCCGAGCAAAUCGGUAAGCAGCAGCAACAACGGAGGAGAUCAGUUCAGUGGAGAGUCGUGUGAAACUGUGUUUUCAGAAGAAGAUAGCUCGUAUUGUGAAAGCGAAGAGUCUUCGUCAGAGUCAUCGAGAGAGCAUCACAAAGAAGAGAAUGAAGAGGUUCUUGUGGUAGCUGGUUGCAAAGCUUGUUUCAUGUACUUCAUGGUACCAAAACUCUUGCAGGAUUGCCCCAAAUGUGCAUCUCAGCUUCUCCACUUUGAUCGACCUCACUCUGCUUCAUAUUGA